UUGCAGUCCGGUAAUCCGCGCCGCUCCGCGGUCGUGCACGCGCACGGGGCUGGGCAGAUCCCGAGCGCAGAGAGAGAGAGAGAGAAAGAGAGAGAAAGAGAGAGAGACAGCGCGUGAGGAGGAGGAGGAGGAUGGUGAUGUUGAUGAUGAUGAACGGGACGGGCUCGUAUGGAGCGGGCCGAACCGGGUCGGAAUUCGACCCCAUCACCUUCGCCAAAAGACCUCAGACCAUCUUACGAUUCCUGGCCUGGGUUUUCUCCAUGGUGGUGUUCGGCUCCAUAGUGAACGAAGGCUACGUGAAUAUGGGCAGCGAGCGCCUGCACUGCGUGUUUAACAAAAACGAAGACGCCUGCAACUACGGCAUCAUUAUCGGAGUGUUGGCGUUUUUAGCUAGUCUUUGCUUCCUGGCCCUGGACGUCUACUUCCCUCAGAUCAGCAGUGUUAAGGACCGGAAGAGAGCUGUGCUAUUGGAGAUGGGCUUUUCAGGACUUUGGGCUUUUCUCUGGUUUGUUGGAUUUUGCUUCCUGGCCAAUCAGUGGAGUCGCACCUCGCCUAAACAACUGCCAUUGGAGCAGGCUUCAGACGCGGCACGAGCCGCCAUCGCCUUCUCCUUCUUCUCCAUUCUCAUCUGGGCGGCGCUGACGGUGUUAGCGGUGCAGAAAUUCCUGCUCGGAACCGACAUGACGCUCUUCACUUCCGCCGACGCGCCCAAACAACCGUAUCCGUCCAACGACGCGAUCCAUCAGACCACCAUAGACAAGAGUCCGACGCUGAUCGAGACGGUGGAGACACGCCCACCCGGGUACCAGAUCCCGCCUGCUUUUUAAUCUCUUAGCCAAUGAGAAGAGAGGACGCCGGAGUGGACAGAGUGGCUUUCCUUGUUUCGGUUCAGUUCCAGUACUGUUUUCCACGCACCCUAGUCAACUUCCCCUUCGCUAAUUCUGGGGGAAUCUACGCUAAUACUUCAUCACUGUUUCAGCAGCGGAAAGGACGAAGUACGCAGAAAAAAGAGCAAUACAGUAUUUGUAAAAUCUAGCAUAGAAUUUGCAGCAUUCAGAUUGGGUUUGGCCGAGUAAACUAGUUCACUGCUUUAUUCAUUUAUCUAAAUAACACGCUAGCCAGCUGGUAAGCUAGUCAUUUAGAACGAUAACUAGAUAGCAAAUAAGCUACGUAGCCCACUUACUAGCGAGUUAGAGAUCUUAAUAAAGCACCAAACUACCAGAGAGUAGUUAGGUAUAUUUCCAAAAGAUAGUGUUUGAUUUGCGAGGUUCAAAUUGGGUUUGGUAAAGUUACAGUAACUACCGGUUUAGUCCUUUUUGAAGGGUGUCUUCAGUUUAGUACUUCAUAAAGGUGUUUAACUACUUUAUGGUAGUUUAGUACUUUAUUAAGUUAUCCAGUAGUUUAGGACUUCAUUGAGGCGUCUAACGGUAGUUAGACCAUAGGCGUACCUAUAGUUACAAUAGGCGUCUAUGGUAGUUGAGUGCUUUAUUUUGGUAUCUAACUAGGGUGUUAUUGAGGUAUUUAACUACUCUUUGGUAGUUUAGUACCUUUUAUCUGGUGGUUUAGUACUUCAUUAAGGUAUCUAACUAGGAUGUUAUUGAGGUGUCUAACUACCCUCUAGUAGUUUAGUGCUUUGUUACGGUAUGUAACUAGUACUGUUUAAGGUAUCUAACUACUCUGUGGUAGUUUAGUGCUUUGUUAAGUUAUCAAUGUAUAUAACUGCAUAUAACUGAUUUAUUAAGGUAUCUAAUAUAGAGUAGUUUUUUGGUAGGUUCUUAUCUUACUAUGUGUCUAGUACUUCAUAAAGGUAUAGCUGUACUCUAUGGUAAUUUCAUGCUUAAAGUUGGUUUAUUAUUUUAUCGAGGCAUCUAACGACUCCAUGAUAGUUUAGCUAGCCAGUUAGCAAACUCGUAACAUAAAAAUAACUAGACGGUACACAAGCUGUGUAGAGCACAUAGCUAGUUAGAGAGCGUAAAAAUCUAGUGAACUACAUUCAAAUAUUAGAUACCUUAAUAAAGUUAGAAAAGAAAAGUAUAUUUGAUUUGCUACAUUAAAAUUCAGCCUGGCCCAGUGAAAUACUCUGUGGUAGUUUAGUACCUUUUACUACCUAAUUCAUUUUAUUAACUAGCAUGCUAGCCAGCUGUCAUAGUCAUUACCUAUAACCUGAGAGCUAGAUCGUAAACAAGCUACAUAGCUAGCUCAUUAGCCAGCUUUUAACUCAAAGGUACGGUAAGUACACAUAGCCGAGGAGAUCACGUCAACUACACCGCUGUUUGUUUUCAGGAUGGAGCGUACUCGCAAAUACACACCGCAUGAGGCGGAUUUUGGGUAACACGCAGAUACACACGUGUAUCGUAGCAUCGGGACGUCGACGAGGGCGCGUUUAAAGCAGUACUGAAACGCACGAGUAUUGUAACGUUUCCUUUUUUUUUUUUUUUUCUUUUUUGUUACAAGGGCUUGUUUGUUUAAAUGAAGUAUUAAACCUAACGUAAUGAAAUGAAUUCAAUCGUAAUAAUGAAUAAUAUAAAACAAAUCGCAAAAGGACCCGGCGGCGGUGGGGCAGCAUAGAUAUAAAGUUAUGAUAUAAAACACUGUUAUUUUAUAGACUGUGUUCGUUUCUUAGACAAAAUCUUCAGAGCAAAGAUGUCAUGAAUGACGUACUGGUGUGCUCGUUAUGUAUUUAUUUAUCAUUCGUUUAUUCUAUAAAUGCUAGAAUUUUGGGAUUUUUUCAUUUAUUUUUAACAGCAUCGAACUAUCUAGUGAUACACUUGUAACGCUAAUAUCACCAUAUAUCGACAUCGCUACUACACCCGGAGUUAGUGUGUAUGAGCUGGAAGGGCAGAGCUGCGGCCAUUUUGCACGACGUGUGUAAACACCCCCCCCCCCCCCCCGCCCCCCAAAAAAACAAAAAAAACAAACAAAAAAAAAGAGGGAUUAUGAUGAUGUGAAUGGCCAAUCCGUCACGUGUGUACUCACGGAUGACCAAAUGACAUUCCUGCUGAGAGUCCUAAUGAGAGCAUGUCCAACUGUGAGUGUGAGUGUGUGUCGUCAGUCUUACUGCAUGAUAAGACAAACUGUAGAAAUGCUUACUUCCUAAAUAUAUUGUUUUAGCAUUUAGAGAGGAGAAGACACGUGUUCGGUGAAUCUCUGACUGAAUAAACACUCUUUCUGCAAGCA